GCCUGACUUCCGUGAUUCUAUCAAGGUUUUGCUGGAGUUCAACUUUUCUGAUCCAGAGAGUGGACCUAUUCUUGACAACACAUUGCCCAACUCAAUAUAUGAAUAUAUCCCUUUCACAAAAGAUUGUGGAAGCAAGAAGAAAUGUAUUACUGAUCUACAGUUGACUGCCAAUGCAACCAUAGGAGGAAACAGUUUUUCUCCAUUCAUUGUCAAGGUGAACAACCUCAAGUUCUGGGUACAAAUGCUUGUUAGGAAUAAAAAAGACAGUGCUUAUAAUACAAGAGUCAUUGUCCAAUAUUCUCCCAAUAUUAUUUUUGUUGGGAUUGAGAAAAUACCCAAAGAUAGUUGUGAAUCUGGGCAUAACAUCACUUGUAAAAUAGGUUACCCAUUCCUAUCAACUGGAGAGGAGAUUUACUUUGAAAUAGCAUUCCAAUUCAAUGUGUCUUAUCUUCUGGAAAAUACUACCAUUCAGUUUUCUGUAACAAGUGACAGUGAUGAACAUGAUGAGACCCUGGAAGAUAACAGAGGAAGUAUUGUAAUACCCAUAAAAUAUGAAAGUGGAUUAAUAUUCAAAAGGGAUCCAAAUUCAUAUCACAUCAUCAUUGCUGCCAAUGAACACACUCCAGAAGUGUUUAAUUCUACAGAAAGCAUUGGAGAUGAAAUUAACUUAAACUAUAUGAUUGAAAGAAUUGAAAAAAUUGAAUAUUUGCCAAUGCCAGAACUUACACUGCAAAUCUCAUUCCCCCACAUGGAUUCAGCAAAAAACCCUGUCCUUUACCUAACUAGGAUAUCAUACUCAGAGAAUGUGCGGUGCCAAAGUAGCCAUCCCACUGACCCGUUAAAGAUUGAUGCUGCUGACAGUCCAUUUGUGGUGCCAAGAAUACAAAAGCCUCUAAAGGAUGCACAAAUAGUAUGUCUAUCUGAUCUUUUGUAAGGUUAAGCUAAGUAUUCCAGCU